AUGUAUUAUGCAGAUGUAAUUACCAUAGCAUUAGAUGAAUUAUCAAAUCAAAUAUACCAUGCUAUUAAUAAUUUAAUGACCAAACUGAUAGUUGAUGAACAAAAAAAAGAAUUCAGAUAUCUUAUUUUCUUAGGCCGUUUAUUUGUUACUCUGAUUCAAAACUUUAACGAAAUAGUCAUUAGUAAAGAAAGAAGCGAUAAAACUCCUAUAAUCACCUUCAAUAAAUUUGUGCAUGUAAGAUGUUUAAAUCUUUGCAUGCAGUUGCAUUCCAGACUAAUUAAAAUAAUUGGGCCAUCUAUUCAACAAAAUGAUGUAUCUAAUCUACAUUACAGUAAUGAGAUACAGCAGAAUAUAAUCUCUCCGAUUAUGGUUGUUAUGAUGAAUCAAUCAAGCAUUUUAAUCGAUUUAAUUAAAAGCCAUUACAAUGAAGAUAUAAAACCCCAUAUAAUUCAUGCCACAAUUAAUACUGAUUUAAGUGCAAAGACAAAAAACACCGAAUUAAACAUAAAAUUUGAAAGUUUUCUCGUGUUUCUCAACGAUAUAACUCUGGUCCCUCUCGAAAAUAAUCCCAAAGACGUAGCACUCGCGAAUUUGCCAUCAAUCUUAUUCGAAAUUUUGGGACAAUUCGAGAUUUAUUUGGAAACGAGAUCUUUGCCCGAUGAUUCACUAUCAGCCGUCAAAGAAAGGGUCUUAGAUUUAUUACAAAACUUCGCUGUGGCUUCUUUCAUGACCGAUCAUAAUAACCAUCACGAUUUGUUAACGUUCUUGUAUUCCAAAUUGGUAAAGAUGAUUGAUUUUGAUGCCGAGAAUAAAAAUAUUGUCGCUAUCGAAAGGAUUAGUGAUUUAUCAUCUCGAAUCCAAUUAAUCAUAAAAUGGCUGUUUUUAGUCUUCAAGCAACUAUUGGGAACCGAUCUCGAGCAUGAACAACGAAAUACCAAUCAAGUCUCAAAUAUCAAAAUAUUUCUCGUUAAUUUGAUAAAAUUAUCGCAUAUCGCAACCUUUCGUAGCUUGAAUAUUAUACCAACAAAAGGAGCACGGUCUGACAACGUGUCAAUCACAAGAACCGCCAUCGAUUCCUUAUUAUACGCCAUCUCUUUGGAAGUGGACGAUGAAAUUAAAGAUCAUCUUCUCGAGGAGUACGAAAUGUCUGGCCACCUAUUUCAACUUUUAAGCAAAUUUUCUAUAAAAGGAUUUUCUGAUGGCUUUAAAACUAAAAAUUAUUACGAAACGGUGUCCGGAUUAGCCGAAAAAGCUAUUCAGAGGUACAUAGAUUUGCACGAGUCUCAAAAGCGUUUUUACAAGCGGAUUACGAUAAAUAACGGUGAAUUAUUUACCUUGGCAACCAUUUUCGAAAGUUUGAGCAAUAUCAUGAGCGAAGAGACAACGAGCACGAAUGCGCGUAUGAAUAAUGGCGUUGUUCAUUUGCAAGUAAUGGCAAACUUUUUGUCGCACCCUGAAUUCAUGCAAAAGUUUACGACAUUGUUUCUAUACAUCAUCGAACUCUACGAUGUAAGUUUUGAAACAGGAUAUGACGGAAUUCCCCAAAACGGUGCCAUUGAUUGUAACGCUCUAUUAAAUCUAAUAAUUGAUGCUUGGGUAAAAACUUCGAACCAGAUACAUAAGCAUGUAUCUCAAAAUGUUCCACCUAGCGAUGGAGGGAACCGUUAUUUGAAGCAGAUUAAAAAUUGUUGGAAUAUUCUACGCGAUCGAGACGAUGCGGCGUUAUCUUCCAAAUCAAAUUCUAGAGCCAAAUGUACUAUUAUGAAAUCGGUACCAAAUAAUGUGGUGACCGCCGAUAAAACAAUGAAUCACAACAAAGAGCGUUUUGAUCAAGAUGACGGAGCCGUGUCGAAUUAUAUGAUUGAUGAAUGCAAUUUUUGUAAUCCUUGGAAGGGCGCCAAAUUUAGAAACUGGAGCAAAGACCCACUUUUCAAAUUGAUUCUAGAAGACGGGAAACUCUUACACAAUGUAGAUGGAAAGACGUUUAAAGUAUGUUUGUUAAGUCGCGAUGAUAACGUUACACACCAUUGUUACGAUUUUUCAGGUUACUACUUCGCCCCAAUUCCUAAACAAGUAACUAAGAUGGAAAUUAUGAAAGUGGGUGAAAAACUAUAUGUUAAGGAAUAUUACGAUAGCUUCUAUCUGCUGAAAAUAGGCAAGGGAAUCAAAAAACUUAACGCAAAAACCACAAAAGAAGCUCAGAGAGAAAUUAGCGUAAUGAAUAUCCGAAUUCCGCAAAACACUUUCGGAAAGUCUAAUACGAUCUAUCCUAAAUGCUUCAUAUAUUACAACGAUGUUUGUGACUUCAUUGAAUCCUUAGCUAUUUACAAUGUAUACAGAUCAAGGCGUUUCACUGACGGAAUUUCUUUGGCACGGACUGAGGUUGGCAUCGUGGAAAGAAUAGAAUCCGAUUACCACGUUGAAUCGUUUAGGAGUAAGAAGAGAGAUGAAAAUGUUCUGCUAUUUCACAGUAUUUUCCACAGUUUCUAUAGGACCAUGAUUGCUGAAGCGGAACGUAACGGGACUGGAUAUUUCCUUAGUAAUAUUUGAUAUAGAUAACCCAAAAGUGGAUGUUAUUUUGGACACAAAAUUUCAUGAAGCAAUAUUUACCCAAAGUUCUGAAGGCGUGACACUUGAAACUAAAGAAGCUCGUAAUUGAUCGAUAAUGUUAAAAUCAACCGUUUAUCCUAAACAUCUGAUCGCGAGGAUGGAAAUAAGAAAAAAAUCCCAAAAAAGAGGGCGAUAUACAUUCCCGAUAGGAUUUUAUAUUCGUUUACAAAGACCUUACAAGAACUGUGAGUCAGUUUAAAACUGACAAUUUUUUUUCUCAAAAUUAUAUUAAUAUAAUAGAUACAAAUUUAA